AUGUCCGAGCUCGGAUCAGAAUCAUCCGCGGGCGGCCUUGAGGCUCAGAGAUCUCGGGACGGGGGGUGUGCACCGAUCGAGACUUGGAGGGCCGUCAUUGUCUCGACCGAUUACCGAUAUCAGAGCGAAAGUCUUAAACCACUCCCUGCCAAGUGCAAGGAGGCCGAAGAUUGCGUUCACUUGAAGAGUGGCGAGAAGGGAAUUUCGAUGGGCACCAAGCAGUACCCGCAGGAGAGAUUGCAUCGAGUAUACCUUGUGCGAUAUGGAACGGGCUUCUACGGUCAGGCACAGCGGGCGAACCUUGAGAGUCUGGGCCUCCGCCCAGAUAUCGCAAGCAGGGUGUUUGACGAUGCAUACUUCUACAACAACGUCGAUAAGAUGUGCACCAGGUUACUGACGACGGGACUUCCUAGUACGCUCCGUGGCCUCAUUGACCGGUGCGACAAGCAAAGCAGCGAUUGGCCACCCGACGGUACCUCGGUCGUCUACGUGAGAGCCUAUACCAACCUUGACCUCGGUCCGAAUCAAACGGCGAGCGACGAUAUGGGUGCCUACUGUGGCUUUACGAUUAAUGCCCAGCGGAGAGAUGGGGAACACAAGAAUGGAAUUGUCAAAUGUCAGGCAAAUCCCAGGAACACUCUCCGACCAACCCAUUACGACGUUGCUUCCAGGGCUCCCGCAAACGGACGUCACGUCUUCAUUGUGAUGUCUCAGUUUGGCACCGAGGGGCUGAAAACUGGUGGGACGCCUGAACCCAAGCGUAUGGCUGAACAAACAAUCAUGUUGAUGUUGCAGACCUACGCGCCAUGGCUGAACACAUUGGUGAGCAUGGAUGCUACGGUACAGUGCCCGUAUACUCCAAAGGAUCGAAAGGGACGUUCGUCGCGCGACCGGCUUCCAGCCCAACUGGCGGCGGUAGGCGGAUACAGGGACUUUGGCGCGGCAAACGCGCUCGGCAUUAGGGUAGAGUGGAAGCAUCAUACCAAGGAUGAAUGGUUUACCGCUCGACUACAAGCACAUUGGCGGAUGAUCCGGAAGGCACGGAAGGGCCUGAGAGCUGGCGAUGCUACAGCGGUGGAAGAGCUUUACCAGAGGGCUAUGGCAUUGAUCCAGCUGGUUCGCGGAGAAGAUUAUCCCGAGGCUCCGGAAGGAUUCUGGCGACCCCUGGCCGUCAGGGGCGCCAGACCAACAGUCCAAAAGCUGGAAGUCGAUCACAUGAAGCAGAUGAUGCGCUGGAUCACCGCUUGUCCUCCAUGCGCGGCUCUGGGUCGAUGCUGUACAUUCACACCAAGGACAGCCUUGUUGGCUGGCUGGAUUGGCAAAGACUGGAAGGAGGUCAACCCACAGGACUACGUGCCGGUAGCAUCGAGGCAGGCAGUACCGGCCUAUGGUGCUGGGCCAAUUCGGGAGUUGGUGCCUCACUUGUCGAUGCCGGAACCAGAGUGCGACCGAGUUAUCCAAAUUGACAAGCCCUUUGAAUGGGACUCUCUGUGUUCUGUUAUCGACCCCAUCGAGUUGGGAGAGGAGGAUGGGGACGGUAUGGCGACGGAUGAAGAAGACGAAGAAGACGAAGAUGAGUGA